AAAGGCGAGGCCGAGCCCAACGGGUUGGGGGCGGGGGCGAAAACGGCAAAGGCGCGUUAAAGUCAGACAUGCGAUCCCUGUUAACUUGGGCGGGCGAGCAGACAAGCCCAGCCCUUAAAUCCUCUCCUUUGUUUUCUGUUCUAUACUUUCUACACUUUCUAUACUUUUCAUAUUUGCAAUUUAACCCCUUUUAUUAUUAUUAUUCUCUGGCUCUCAAUUGGCAAAAAGCAACUCGCCUGCUCUUUCUAUUACUUAUUUUUCUACUCCUACUUUACAUAUUUCUCCGCGCUUCUUUUUUGUUUUAAUUCGCUUGCGCUAAUAGCUUAUUUUCACAGCUCUCAAAUUCGGAUUACACUAUUGCUUUUAUUUACAUAGCACCAGCACCAGCACCAGCACCAAACACUCGCACUUCAACGCUCAAUUACUCCUCCACCACUAUCUACGCGCACGCAAUUGCCAUGAACGGAUUAAAGAU